AUGCCGGAACAUGUUGUAAUUUUAUACAAUCGAUUUAUAAAUAGAAAUUUUAUUAGUAAACUUAUACAAUAUAUGAUUAUUGAAGAAGAACUAGAUGAAAUUACUUUUAAUUUUAAUCGUUUUCGAAUGUUUAAAGGUUUAUUUCGAAAUUUUGGUUUGGAUUUAAUUAGUAAUUUUAUGGAACAAUUAGAUAUUUUAAUUCAUGAAAAAACAAAAGAAAAACAACAAAAUUGUCAUCGAGUAGCAGCUGAAAUUGUUGCUGGAAUAAUUCGAGGUUCAAAAUAUUGGACAUUAGAAGCGCUUGAAGAAUUAUGGCAAAAAUUAAUUCCACUUCUUAAUGAAAUUUGUACAAAUCUUAAUCCUGAAACAUUAUCAUAUUGGGGUUUAUGUUUUAAAUUUGGCAUGGAAGAUUUAGAUCCUCGUCGAAUGCAUCAUCUUAUUCAAUUCAUUCGUACAUUAAUAAAUGAUCAAACUAUUGUUAACACAUUUCUUGAAACAUCAUGUUGGUUUUUAGUUUUGAAAUUAACUAAUUUUGAAUGGCGUGUACCAAGUAUUUGGUGUGCAAUUAAUGAACAUGCGAAAGAAAUGCUUGAUCAUCCAUAUAAAUUAGUCCGAGAAUAUAUUGCUAAUGUUCUAUCUGUAUAA